AAUGGAUCUAGCUCGAACGAUUUUGUUAAAAAGUUGUUUCAAAUGCUAGAAAUCACCUCCUAUAAAAAUGUUGUUUGUUGGACCAGAAACGGCGAUUCCUUUAUCGUUCUAGAUACUAAUCAAUUUACUAAAGAAAUCUUGCCAAAACAUUUCAAACACUCGAAUUUUGCGUCGUUUGUUAGACAGCUAAAUAAAUACGAUUUUCACAAAGUUAAAUUAACCCAUGACGAAAAAUUAAACUUAAAAAAUCAAUACAACUCUCCAAAAGACACUUGGGAAUUCAAACACCCAGACUUUAAAAUCGGUAAUAUAAAAUCCUUGGAAAACAUUAAAAGAAAAGGCCCCAACCAAACAAGAAAAUCAAAUUCUACUUUUGAUGAACAAAAUCAAGAAAUAAUUAAAAACUUGAUUCAAAAAAACUCUUUUCUAGAAAAAUCUCUAAAAUAUAAUAAUGAUGAAAUUAAAAAAUUAAAUAACCAAUACAGAACCGUUCUAGAAAGCCUUAUUAAUUUCAAAAAUAUAACUGAUGCCCUAUCCAAUCAUAUCAAUAUUCUCGUUGAUUGUUUAAAAAAAAAUGGAAUCCCCAUUUCUUCAUUGCCGAUUUCCUCCCCAAUAAUCCUGCAAUCCAUUCAACUUUCAUUACCCCCCCAAAACUUUAACCAACUGACUGCUUUACACACCUCUUCUACAAAUCCUACAAAUAACCAAUUAUCUUCUCAAUCAAAUAACCUCUCUCAACAAAAAACCGCUGCUCAAAAUUCCUCUUUUCCUUUUGGCCAUUCUUUUUAUGUUCUUUUGGUCGAAGACGAUGCUGUUUGUAUACAACUAUGCAGAAAAUUCUUAAUCAAAUAUGGUUGCACUGUUCAUGUUGUAACUGAUGGAUUGGCUGCAAUCUCAACUGUUGAAACCAACAAAUAUGAUUUGGUUUUAAUGGAUAUAAUAAUGCCUAAUUUGGAUGGUGCUAGUGCCACUUCCUUUAUCAGAAAUUUUGAUAAAUCAACACCGAUCAUUGCAAUGACUGGUAACAUUGGCGAUAACGAUUUGGCCAACUACUUGAGACAUGGAAUGAGCGAUAUUUUAGCCAAACCUUUUACAAAAGAUGAUUUAUAUCUAAUACUACAAAAACAUUUA